GAACAUUAACGUGUGGCACAUGAUAACAAAAACACGGAAGAGGCUACAAUUACCUGACACAACUCGCGUAUAGCACCAUUGUGUUAUCCGUUUCUGACUGUGAUUACCAGCCGACACAAUGGAGGACCAGGAGAUGCAGCUGAAAGUUAGACGAGUGACCGACAAAUUCACGGAGAGCAUGUACGUGCUGGCUAACGAGCCGUCGGUGGCUCUCUACAGACUGCAGGAACACGUCAGACGGUCGCUGCCUGAGCUGGUGCAACACAAGACGGACAUGCAGAGCUGGGAGGAGCAGAGUCAAGGUGCCAUCUACACUGUAGAGUACGCAUGCAGCGCCGUGAAGAGCAUGACGAACAGCAGCAUGUAUUUCAAAAACAUUGACAGCCUCCUCCGUCAGGCCAUCAGCAUGAAGGAGCAGAUUAGCAGCUCUCAAGGACGCAGCUUACAUGACGUGACCCCCUCUCCCAGUCCCCCUGUCUCUGCUGCACAUGCCCCCACCACUUCCUCAUGACCUCUAGACAGAGGUGUCCAAGGAAAAGGACCAUGGACUCAGGCAUGCUAAAGGAAGGGGGAGAAAAGCACGGCUCUGGGAUGUGACGCGACUUCGUGAGCUGGCGGUGUUGUUCCUACAGUCCCUCGCUCCGCUACGUCUUGAUUGAGGCCGGAGCGGGGUCACAAGGGCGACACCUCCUCAUCACAAUGGAGUGACUGCCUCCAGUGACCUCCCCCAGUACAAGCUGCUCAGUGGAACAGAGCGCCACAGCGCUGCCAGGUUCAGCAUUAAAAACACUUAAGUCAUGGACGCUGCUCAAAGAAUGCAUUGUUCUCGUGGACUCGCUGGACGGACCGGGGAGAGAGCAGUCGUGCUGGUUGUGCCUCUACUGUUGAAAAUCAACUGCAGCACCAAUGUUUUGGACUCUAGUUUUCAGGGUUUUGUGAGUUUAUUGUUAAACGAUUAAGACUAAAAAGUACCCUGCAUGCAAAUUAUAAAAGCUUAACACACCUACAGAAGGAAUGCAGCAACAGGUGUCCAGUUCUUCUCUUUAUUUCAGAGUUAAAUAUAUGAGACGCCAGAUUGAGCAACAUGUUUUGAAAAGAAAAUUGAGCUACUGUUCUCACCUGCCAAGUAGACAGAGACCCCGAGACAGAACAGUCCGAUAGCCACGUGUCGCACAGCUCUGCUAUCCAAAAGGAACCAGUCUGCUCUGUAGGAACAAAUGUCACAUGUUCAUGUUUACACUUUAACACUGCUGCUCAAUGAAGAUGAUUUUCUGCAACAUAAUUUCUGUGUUGACUAUUUUCUUUCGUCUUUUAAUUUCCCCCCUAAUAAGUUUGCAUAUCAGAACUCUGUGUACCCAAACACUUGAUCACUGAUUAUCUGGGUAAGUGCAAGAUAUUUUGUAAAGCUCAUUAUUAUUCACAUUUUCUUGGAAUGUCCCCUCUGUCAGUGGGGAGGUCCCGGGGUGUGCUGUUGGAUUUGUAAACCAACGUGGGAAAGGGCCAGCUAGAGGCCGUGCGCUGGGUGCAUAAUGAGAGGAAGGCCAUUGUUUAGAUGGGAUUCAUAGGGGUUGAGGGGUGGGGGUCGGCCGGCAGCAUUGCAGCACGGGCCUCUGCACUCUGACACAUAAGGAAGGCCCUUUUAUGCUUCUGAAACUGUGUUUUCUUUUAAUGAAACUUAAUGCAGUCGACCAGGAUCUGCUGUGGUUUACCAAGAACAAUUAAAGAAGGUUGUGUGGGCAUAGGAAGAAACACAAACUAAAUACAUAACAUGUUUUUUUUUCCACUUAUAGCAACAGUGUUGAACAGUGUGAGACCAGAGAGUAUGUGCCUAUGUAGAACGCAGCACAAUACAGUGCUGCAAAACAGAGGGCAUUGAUUACAUUCUUGGGUUUAUUUGAGGCUGUUCUUCGUGCUGGUUUUGUUUUGCUCUGCCUUAUAUUGAAAGUUUACUUAUUUACAUAUAUGGACAAAUAUACCACAAACUGCAGCCUUAAAUAUUAAAGGUUAAAAAUUGGAGAAGUUGAAUUAACAUCAGCUUAGUGUCAAGAAAUGUUCAAAACAAGUUUGCCCCUUGUAGGAUUUAUUACAUUGUAUUGGAUUGUAUUACAUAACAUGAAGGGUGGGGGUUUUCCCGGUCAUUUAUUGUACCAAAACAAGUAGUUAAAGUGAAAUUAGACAGUGUUUGCUUCACAGUGACACUUCAGUACAGGGGAGACUGGGGGUGAAUGGCACACUUUUCACUCUGUCGUAUCUCUCUGGCAUAAUUUAUGUUAAAAUAUGCUAACCAGCAGCAAAUAAAAGGAUACAGUCUCA